AUGUCACUCUCCGUUCGUGCCCAAGUACUCAACCUGGUGACUAGCUACGCGAGGGUUUCCGGCUGUACGUUAUUUGCGUUAGACUUUAUUCAAACCUUCCCCAAGGAAGUCAGGGCCAUUUGGUUCAAACCCUUGAGCUUCAGCUCGCUUCUCUUUCUCUUGAAUCGAUACGGCCUCUUCGGCUCGUUAGCCACUAGUCUAGUCAUAGCGACGCCAAGUUCCAACCCUCAUGUUCAUAUAUCAUGCUCUGCGUUGAACGUUGCCGAAGGUGUCUUCCAGACCUUCUCUAUCACUGCAACGAACAUAUUGUUUACUCUCAGAGUGUACGCCAUAUACGCUCAAAGCAGGAGUGUGCUCGCAAUUGCCGGUCUCUUGAUGUUUCCGAGACUAUUCCUUGAUAUAUGGAUGGCCAGAAGAUUUUACGAGCGUGUAAUUUUGGAUAUCGCAGUCCCGCUUUUCAAUCACGCUCAGUUGGCAAUUUCGGUGUCACAAAUGGCCUUCGAUACCUAUAUGAUCGUUCUUACGGUCAGAAAAACCGCAGACCAUGCGAUGGGAAUGCGACGACUCAGCCAAAAGAGCAUCUCUCAGCUCCUUUUGCGUGACGGUUUACUCUACUUUGUUGCCGCCUUUGUCCUCGCAGGUGUACAGGCUGGUAUGGUCGUAGCCUCCUUCAUUAACCCCGAAAUAGGAUCCGCAUCAUUUGUGGUCACUAUAACACCGUACUUCGUCGUGUCGGUUUCUCAUCUUCCUUGUGUGACCAACCUUAGACUUCCAAUGAUACUUGUGAACCGCCUCGUCCUCAACCUACGUAACUUCGACGCUGAAUGUGACGGCGCCGAAUCGCGUUCCGGUACUACGGUGUUGGACUCGAUUUUAGCAUUCACGUCUAACCGGUGGGUGGGAAACAUGGGAGCGCCCCUUGACUACACCGACUGGGACUUGGGUCUAGAUGUUGUUCCAGAAGAAGAGGGACUUGGGAAUGAGGACACUCUACAUGAGGUAGACCAAGCAGUAGUAGGAAGCGCAUAG